UGUGAAGCUUAAGGGCGGGACAUUCUGCUGACAAACAAGAGAUGGGAGCCAUUACAACCAACCAGAUACCACCAUAUUCGGUGCCAAAGUAACCACAAAUUUGCCGAAGGCGUGUAAAACCGACUCUACGGUCUAGCUUAAAAAAAGGAGGCCGAGGCAUUUCAGGUCUCUGACAAUCAUACAAGCAUGUGUGCUGGCAACAUGGCGGGACAGAAGCGUUCACAGCAGCUGAAGCUUUUAAGAAAUAUGUUUUGGUUCGGGUAUGUUUUAACAGUCCAGCUGCAAAAUGUCAGUGCUCAAACCGAAAGCAGCGUGUUGACAGUCGCUGACUCAAACUGGACCCUUAUUCUCGAGGGCGAGUGGAUGUUAAAAUUCUACGCCCCGUGGUGUCCAGCGUGUCAGCACAUUCAGGCAGACUGGGAGGCUUUCGCCAAACUAAGCCACAGUCUGGGAAUAUCCGUGGGAAAUGUUGAUGUCACACAACAACCAGGCCUGAGUGGGCGCUUUCUGGUCACCUCACUACCGACUAUAUUUCAUGCUAAAGAUGGAAGUUUUAGAAGAUACAUGUCAUCACGGACCAUUGAGGAUAUCCAAGCAUACAUUGUUCAAAAAAAGUGGGAUGCUGUGGAGCCGCUGCCAGGAUGGAAAUCACCAUCAUCUAUCUUGAUGUCAGGAAUGGCUGGUCUAUUCCGGCUCUCUGUGUGGAUACGGCAAAUCCACACGUAUCUAACCAACAGUCUUGGCAUUCCGUCAUGGGGCUCUUAUGUAAUCUUUGCCAUUGUCACACUGUUCCUGGGCCUUCUCCUAGGCCUGAUGCUGGUACUGAUUGCAGACUGCAUUUGCCCAUCUAGGCCAAAGUACAAAGAGGGUAAGACUGUUGUACUUCAGAAAGAUGAAGGCUCUGAGGAUGAAUUGGAGGAUACUCUGACAGAGGAGAAGCAAGCAUCUGACCUGGACAAUGACAGUGAGAAGGUGUCUGGAGAGGAGGAGUUCACUGAGGAGGAAGGAAGCCCUGGCACUGAAGCUGCAGCUGGUAGCAGUGAGCGAUCUACAGAGACCGCAGUGAGGAAGAGGAAACCUCCAGGUCCAAGCAGUCCCAAGGCCACAUAACACUUCUGCACAGGCUAGAAAUCUGAAAUGCAGUUUACACCAAAACUCCACAGCAAAGUUGAAUUCAGCACUGUAAGUGCUGAACGCUUAUUUCCUCUUUCCUAAUCAGUGAUUAUCUAUUUUAACCAGCCCUUCCCUGUUUCUGAUAAACUCCUCCUGUGGAUUCCAGUAUUUUUGUGUGUAAAUUAAGAGAAAUCUUUAAAAAAAAAAAAAAAAAAAGUAUUUGCUUAUAAACAAAACUGUUGCCAAGGAUACAUCACACAGCAAGUAACUGUAAUGCUCUUAAAAUGAAAAAAGAAAAAUAAUAUUAAAAAAUAUAUAAAUAUAUUUUAAGGAAGCUCUGAAAACCUGUUUUAAUAUUUCUAUUUUGCAUUUAGGAUGUACAUGUGCAAUGCUGCAAGUGGACUGUUUGUUUACACCCUUGUUCAUUGUUGGUUGUUUUUUUAAACUAACAACUGCCAAGUGCAUGCUUUUACAUUCCAGGGUAUGAAACUGCUUUAUUACGUUAUUUCAGUAAGAGUGACUGAAGGCAUCUUAUGCAGAAGGAACUCCAAGUGUGAGGAGAAUCAUCAUCGUGAAUUAUAGAUUGUCAGCGGGAUGCUCUACAUCAGGGGUUUUCAAUUUUUUAGCAGUCAGGGACGCAUUUAUCUCAACAGAUUUAUUUUACAAACAGACUAUUCAAAAAAUUAUUCAAAUGUACAAUUUUACCUAUUUAUUGGAGCCAGAGAUUUUUUUUUUUUCUUCUUGAAUUUCCCACCCACAUGUUUAUUAAAACUGGCAUUAGAUUCCAGCUGACAUUAUUUACAUGCAUAAUAGCUUUGAUAAUGGUGGGUUGUGCUUUACAAACUCCUUUGAACCACAUUGAGAACCAUGGCUCUAUCUGAUGCUCUGAGUUUUUCCCAUGACUGCAUAAGUAUUUAAAAAAAAAAAAAAAAACUUUAUCAAUUAGAGACCGAAUCGCUCUGCUAAUAGGUUCAGUGCAUUCAUUAGAUUAAUUGAAAGUUGACUCUAUGUAGUUUACCAUACAGUAAACAAUACUCGAUAAACAAAAGUAUUUUAAUGGUGAUGCCAGGCCAUUUACUUUUAUUGUAUGUAGGCUUGUGUGAUGUAAGUUUUUCCCUGCGUGAGAUUUACCAUUUAGGAAAAUCACAAUACACAAUUUAAUCGUCCAGAACAAACAAGAAAAUGCGCAUUUCCACCAUUUCAGCUUGAAGGAGAGUAAGGAUUGAUGCAGUAGUAUUCUCAGCUGUGUAGUCGGGACCUGGUUGUCACUGUUGAGCCAAAUUCUCCCCGGCAGAAUCCGACUCCCCUUCAUGUGCAUGUAUUAUGAAGUGAGCAUUCCAGUGCUGCAUAUUUACUGAAGGUUUCUCUUUCUGUUAUUAAUCUAUCAAGAGACAGUUCUUUUUUUUUUUUUUUUUUUUUCUACACUGUAAUUACCAGAACUACACCAAAAAAGCCCAACAAAAAGCAUUACAAUGAAAGCAUUACAAAUUCUGUCUGAUGACAUGAAGAGUUUGUUGGUGCGGUGUUCUGCCGAAUCUGACUGAAUUCGAUGUGCUUUUGCAUGCAUUGGCACACCAUAAUAGCCUGUUCCUUACAUCUCAUGUUCUCAAAAGAAACAACAGAAAUCACAAAUAAAUAUGCAGCAUCAGUAAGCCUACUUUGGACUGCAUGUACCUGCAAAUGGGAGUUGGAACACUGGCAGUUGCAAUCGUAAAAAAACCCGCUGGAUGGUAGAUUUUUAGGUGCAGUGCAGUAAGCAGUUUAAAAAAAAAAAAAAAAAAAAAAACCCAUAACAGUACAUUUUCGUUAUAUAAGUGUUUUACACAUUUAAUGUCCACAUGGCUGACAUUUUCUCUUUUGAUGCUGCUCAAAGUAUUUGUACAUGUCUGAGUGCUGACCAAUGAAGGAGAGCAAGCAGCACAUUUAUUCACUUUCAAAUUAAAAUGAUUGGAUUUAACACUUCACUGUAGGCCUAUUUAAUCUUUUUAUGUCAAAUUUUUGUUUGUUUGACAAAAUCAAAGAGCCAUUUUUGUCCAAUCUAGUUAACUGAUGUUGACUGUUCAGUAUACUUGCCUAAUGCUAGGUGAGUCAAACAUACACUGAUCGAUUUUAUCUCACAUGAAAUCAAAACCUUCUCCAUUUACCUUUACAGAAAGCGAGGGAGCUCCACAAGUAUAUGAGAUGGGGGAAGGGGACUUCCAGGGGCCGGUUAAUAUCAGAGAGUUCAAAACACCUUCAUAAAUCAUUCCAGAUUAAUGUCGAUUGGCUCAGCUACAGUUUUACUGGGGGAUUUGCAUUUUUAUAAGUGAUAACUCGUACUAGCGUAUUCUGGUGAUAUGUACAGCUUGGCAGGUCUGGUAAUAUGGUAGUGUAAGAUCAUGUUGCACAAGCCUUGUAUGGGUGAAUAAGUAAAGCUUAAAAAAAUUACCAGUGUUUCAAUUUGUUGGGUAUUUACUGUAUGGAUGUUUGUGUUUUAGAUUAGCAUAUGUUGUUUGUUUUCUUUGUGUUUAUUUGUUCCAACAUAUUGGGGCAGGUUACUUUUAAAGCAAUGAACAUGGAUACAAUUUAGAAUUUAUUAGCACAUAACCAUUACAUUCACUUCUAGUAAUUCUUGAAGACUGAAUUGACUUUGAUUAUGCAAUGUUUGUGUGAAGCCAUGACAUGCUGUCAUACCUAUUUUAUACUACUGACUGUUGAAAUUUGGAAUAUAAGCUGUUAAUCAUG